CAGUUUCUUCAGAGAGAGCUGAAUGCCAGUAACCUUCCUGAGAUAUACGACACUGCUGCUCUUCUGAAGGACAUCACUCUCCUUAAUAAGUGCACUCAGAUUGUGAGACAGUGUUCUUCUGCUGUGUUGGCGUCACCACAGUUUUGCCAGUUAAGUCGAGACUCACUGAGACAACUGCUACAGCAAGAGUUAUGCAUCAAAUAUGAGUUUGAAGUUUAUGAAGCAAUAGUAGCGUGGGGAACUGCUCAGAGGAAUAUGUGUAAAGAGGGAGAGGAGAGCCUUCGUCAGGAGAGCCUUCGUCAGGAGAGCCUUCGUCAGGUGAUAGAAGAGUUCCUGCCUGAGGUAAGGUUCCUGACAAUGACUGUUGACGAGGUGGUGGAACAUGUGUUACCCACCAAGAUUUUCACUCCAGAUGAGAUCAUCCCUAUUCUCAUGAGUAUCAAGAACAUGAAGAAUGUAUCACUACCUACAGGAUUUUCAAAUAACAGAGAGAAGAGGUACUUUGAUGACAGUACUCUCAGCAGUAUCAGAAUACAACUUGGCAUAGCUUGUGGAAUAAAGCAUUUCCAGCCAGGAGAGUUGAGUUUUUUAAGAAAAAUUACAUUUUCUGAGGCUAUCUACCUUAAAAAAAUUGUAUGUCAUGGAAGCAUUUUUCAAAAUUGCAAUACACUGACUAUAAAAAAUGUUGCAGGUCAUGUGAUAGCUACGACCAAUGUCUCUGGAAAAGAAGCAAAUUUUGAAACACCAGUCAGUCUCGCUUCAGGCACUGAGUUUGACUUCUAUUCAAACUACGCAUGUAACUAUCGGCAAACAAUCAGUUCCACUUUCACAAGUGGUAGUCUUACCAUAAAGGGCACUUUUGUAAGUGGUCUAGGCGAUGCAACCUUGUUUUAUUGGCGUCUUGGAAACUAAGAUUGUAGUGUCAUAAGUGGUGAAAAUAUUAUUAAACUUAAUGAAUUAGACACUUGUACAAAACUUGGGUGUCAUUGAACCUAGGAAGCCAGCCAGUGACUUCCUAGGUUCAAUGCUGAGAAAAUAUGAUGGAAAAACAGGAGGAAUUUGAGGUAAUCAAUACUUCAGCCUGAGGGACACACACACACGCACACACACAUUCACACACACACACACACACACACACAGUAGCAACCGGUGAAGAGGCGGGGCCAGGAGCUAAGAGUCGACCCCUGCAACCACAAAUAGGUGAGUACACACACACACACACACACACGCACUCACACACACACACACACACACACACACACACACACACACACACACACACACACACAUACACACACACAGACGCGUGGGUCCGUGGGAUGCAGACAUGGGUAACAAGGCUCCGAGAACCUUAGUGUUGUAAGGCGUGCAAUAACAGUUAGCAGUAAUCAGUGGUAGUGGAACGUCAGUGAACAAUACUAGAGUGAUAAUUAAAGUUAUUAGUUAAAAAAAGUGAGAGGAAAGCUGAAAUCAAAAUAUUUCAAAGCGCACACCAUUCGGGGUCUUAGGCACUGUUGCCACAUUGGCAGCGGUAGGCCUGAAGAAGUGACAUCACGACAAGUUGUGUGCCAUUAUGCAUAUAAAGUGAAGUGUAUAUAAUGUGAAGUGUAUACUAUCAUCAGUGAAGAGUGAAAUCACAUGAGGAAGCGGGAUGUAUGAGAAUAUAUGGUUAUAAACAUCACGGGUGAAGGAUCUCCAAAAUAGGGAUUUAAGGCCUACGUACGAUGACUUCGUCAUCAGCAGCUGGCAACUUGUCACCGCACCAUUGAGUGCAAGUUUCAUUCGCCUAUUUGUGGUUUGCAUGUUGAAGGCCCUGGCUGGCCUUGCAUACUGUUUGAUACUGGUCACUCACUCCUGCAAGCUAUUACCAGAAUUAGAAUAGAAAUAGCAUAGACAUAGUGAAUAUAGUGUUGAGUGUGAGAAGGUAGAGUCCAGCGAGGAGUAGAGUAGUAUUAAUUCCAGUAGUUAUUAGCAGUAAGAAUACUUAGGAAGCUAGGAAGUCCUCUCCCAAAGUGAACUUGGAACAGGAUAAUAACCAGUAAUAAUUGAUACUUAAAUCCAGACACACACACACACACACAAGGCGAGUAUUACUAUAAGCUAGGUGGCAGGACAAGCUUUUAAGGGCAACAUUGUAAGAUGGUGCAAGGGUCAAGUCCCAGGAGGGUUGUGGUCAGGUCACAAGAAGUUGCGGCCAGUCAUUACACCGCACAAGACACCUCUCACACACACACACACUCACACACACAUACACACACACACA